AGUUUCACAGAAGCGGUAGAUUAAAGAAUGCGUAUCUCGAUUUAGUUUUUGCCUUGUUGUCUCAGGGGCAACAGCUGACUUCAGUCCUCGUCGGUCUGACUUCCCUGUCGACAAAUGGAAGAAAGAUAGGGCCGAGUAUUUUCUUUUUAAUGGGUGCGGUUAACUCGUGAUGGACAGAGUGAGUUCAGGCAAGCAGAAGUUCCCAGUGGAACGUUUGGUCCGAGUCGGAUAUUAUGAACUGGAACAGACGAUAGGCAAAGGCAACUUCGCAGUCGUAAAGCUGGCCACUCAUGUCGUUACCAAUACAAAGGUAGCAAUAAAAAUCAUAGACAAAACAAAACUGGAUCAGGAAAAUCUUAAAAAAAUAUUUAGAGAGAUACAGAUUUUAAUGAAGCUCAGACACCCUCAUAUUAUAAGACUGUACCAGGUUAUGGAGACUCCAAAAACCAUCUACCUAGUGACUGAAUACGCUUGUGGGGGUGAAAUUUUUGAUUUCUUAGUAAAAAAUGGAAGACUGCGAGAAAUAGAGGCCUGUAAAAUCUUCCAUCAGAUUGUAGCAGCUGUUAGUUAUUGUCAUUCCAGAAAUGUGGUGCACCGAGAUCUUAAAGCAGAAAAUCUUUUAUUAGAUGCAAAUAUGAAAAUCAAACUUGCAGAUUUUGGCUUCAGUAAUGAAUUCGAAGCAGGUGAUAAGCUAAAAACUUGGUGUGGCAGCCCCCCUUAUGCCGCACCAGAACUUUUUCAGGGUGUCCAGUACGAUGGACCUAAGGCUGACAUAUGGAGCCUGGGCGUUGUCUUGUACGUUCUUGUAUGCGGUUCUCUUCCAUUUGAUGGGAAUACGCUUUGGAGCCUGAAGAAUAAAGUUAUUUCUGGAAUGUUCAGAAUUCCCUUCUUUAUGAGUGCUGACUGCGAGCAGCUAAUUAGACAAAUGCUGCUAAUUGAUCCUGAAAGACGAUUAUCCAUCAAGCAAAUCAGAGCUCACAGAUGGAUGAACCAAGUUUGUCCAGAUCCAAGUUAUGAGGCUGCUGAGGAUAAAAGUUUAGAUUUGGAGCCAAUAAAAAUUAACAAUUCUGUAGUUGAACAUAUGCUACAGUUACCAAGUAUCAACAAAGAACAGAUAAUUGAGGCUGUUAGUAACAACUGCUUUGACCACAUCAGUGCUAUAUACAAUCUCCUUGUUGAUAAGUUGGAAGGAAGGAUUUCUAAUUCACCUGUAGUAAAUACGACUCUUCAGUCAUCAAGAAGAGCCAGUAUUACCACUGGUGUUGUUGAAAGACUGACCCCUGAAAUGGAAACAGCAAUGUCUCCAUUAAUGGUUACUAUGCCUGCUGUUCAUCUACAGGACCAGCUAGAAAAGUUUGAAGGUACGGAAGUUGAUGUGGAUGAUAGGUCACAAGUCGAAAACCAGAACAGUGACCGAUAUCACGUAACAGCCAGGAGGCAUACUGUAGGACCUGGUGAUUCUACUCAUGAACAAGUUCUUGAAGCACAUUACAUGAAGCAAAGUGGCGGUCAAACACUCAAUAUUUUUCCUGAUAUCAAUCUUCCACAGAAUAUCCCACUUGUCCAAUACCAGCCACCGCACAAUUUUACAAUUAAAGAUCAGCAUCUACUCAAACCACCUCCUGUAAUGGUUGGAGGAUUUGGAAGAAGGGCCUCAGAUGGAGGUACACAUCUUCAUAGUUACUCGCAAAGAGCUGCCAGUGAGCCAGGGAGUCAGGAAGAACUUCAGCUUCUACAACCUGGCAGUCCAGCCUUGGAACAAAGAUCCCAGCCUAUAAAUGUAGCAAAUAUUGAUAGCCCUUUAGAUCAAUCAUCCGGUACUGACGAAUUAUCCCCAGAUUCAUUUGCAGUAACAAGGUAUAUGGAAGGAAGGGGGUGUAAUAAAAGACAUACAGUUGCUACAGGACCCGAUGAAACACAUAGAUUGCAACAAACAGGACAACCGAGGAUGAGAAGAUCUGGUUUACCUACAGUCACUGAAAGACCACCAGUCAUCAGCCCUGAACUGGUGAUGGAGGUUGAGGCUCGGAUGGGCCGGUCUUACUACACGCCACAAGGUUACCAGACUGGCGCUCCUUCGCUGGCUCCUCAACUGCAAGCUCAAUCUUCAAGGACAAGAUUUUGGAAGCACUACCUUCUUCCUACGGUCCAGGAGGCAAACAAUUAUAAAAUUGGGGGAAGAGAUAGUCUAAAAGAGACUGUUCACUUUCCUGGUGAAAGAUAUUCUCCAGUCAGAAGAGCGAGUGAGGGCUCAAAUCAUUACAUUUCAAACUCUGAUCAUUCGUCUCUCAGGUCAUUACAACUAGAACACCAACAGCUGCAGAAAAAUAACAGCUUUGGGGGUGAUUUAUUAGUAGCAGCAGAACUCCAACUUAGACAUACAAUUGACAUACAGCAAAUGAGAGCAAGUCCUUCUCCCUCUCCUCCUCAAGUGAUUUCUGGCGGAGUUUCUCCUCUCACUCCUUCAGGCUCUCCUAUUCAUUAUUCUGGUGUGAGAUAUCCAGAAAAUCCUGCUGGAGGUCUUUCUCAGCAUUUCCAGAGCUUACAACUACAACCUGAUAUGUUCAAUCCAAAUCCAAAUGGAGGUUUGAUACCACAAGGGGCAUCAAGCAAUUAUCAGUACAACAGUCAAAAUGGAAAUCAAGCACCGCUCGAUCUUAGAAUUAAUGUCCACCCAAGUCCGUCACCACCACUCACUAGGAUACAAGAAGAAGAUUGGCCUGGAGAAAAAUUGGGAUACAGUUCAAGAAUCCAACCGGUAAUAUCAGUUACAGAUUCAGAAGGUGAAGUAUGGCCUAGUUUAAUGACCAACCACCAGCCUCCUCUCCUUGCCUCAGAGGCCCUACAAAAGACUGUUUCUGGGUCAUUCCAAGUGUCAUUAUCAGAAUUUUGCUCCAAUUUAGCAGCAUCAGAAGUGAUUUCCCUUUUACAAAAAACUGUUAGUGCCAUAGCUCCAAGUGAAUUUCAUUGUUACACUAAAGAUGGGCCGGCAUUAGCACUUCAGAGUCCAUCGGGUCUUCAUGUUGAAUUACAGGUUGAGAGGAAUGCACAACUUAAAAUGAGGCGAAUUUCAGGAGAUCAGGGGCAGUACGCUGACCUUUGUCACCAGCUGGUCGCUUGUAUGACUAGCUAACAAAACCCUAUCACUUUAUGAGAGACAUCUAGUCACUACCUAAACUGAUACACACAAGCGACUUCAGUUUUUUUGUUUGUUUUUUAAAUCACAUAAUUUUACUCCCUUUGUUAGGUUUCAUUUUUUGUGAUCUCAACCAACCAUUGGCUGUGAACAAUUUUCCAACCCAAGUUAAAUCUAUUCUUUUCUCAACUGGAAAAUAUCUAUAAGUUAGUUGUCAUUCCAUUUCUAUUAUUGUUGAUUUUUUUUUGUUUUAAUCUUUUAUGAAUUUUAAAUACUUUCUAUAUUUCUGUAGAUUUGUUAAUUGCUAAUCAACUUUUAUGUUCAUUUCAGUGGACAUUUAAACUUUAUUCAAUAGCAAAAUUUGUACAUAAAAAUACAGUAAAUCAGGACAUUGCUACAACUUUUAUUUAAUUAUGUUGUCAUGAGAAUAAUAAUAAAAGUAAAAAAAUAAAUAAAAAUUACAGCAAGUACAUAGAGAAGUUAAUAUGCUUGUAAUUUUUAUCUUUGGCAUAUUUUUUAUCUGCAUGCCGUUAUUUUUAUUUUGUACGCUUUCAUUUUGUCUUCAAAGCAACAAAUUAUUGAUUUAGAUGGAAUGUCCAUUGUUAUUAGUAAUUACCUAAUGUAAAAUAUGAAUAUAAUGUAUAUAAUGUACAUAUUAAAAGUAUCAUGUAUAUUCAUGCCCAAUAAAUAAAUCAAAGUAAAAA